AGUUUCUUUCUUGGCCUUGAUGCUGCAAGACAUGCAAGCAUAACAUGUUCCAGAGCGACAGGAGAAAGCAUUCCAUAGUGACAACUCGAUGAAAACUUUACGCAUUGUCAUGCAAACAUUUUUACUGUGGUGCUAACUCAUGGUACUGCUGGUGACUAUGUUCUCCAUGUGCCUGCGUGCUUGCCUGCUUGCCUGGGACACGAGGUAUCGUAUUUGAGGAGCCGCGGUUCAGUGUGCGUCUGGCUGCGGCGGAGCGAGGUGUGAAACUGAAAAUUUCUCUCUGAAGUUUAAGUUCAUGUAGUGAAACAAUGAACACUGAAAUAACCUGAGGUGCGCCAACCUUCGUGUGUGCCUCACUCUGCUUCUAAAUACUUAAUCAUAGAUGACUGAGGACAAAGCUGUGUGGUGAGGCGAGACCUUCCCCUCUACAGCACACAAUGAACCCAGCAACUGCAGCCGACGAUGAGCGUCUCCGCAGUGACUCAAGUGAGGAACGACGCGAUGGAAGAGCAAGAAGGUUCGCCCAGCUGGUGCCAGGGAAGCGACCGCCAGUGAUGGUAAUAGUGUUGGUGUUGAUGCUGGUCAUGAUGGUGGUGGUGGUGACAGUGUUGGUAACAGGCAGAAACAAAUUCGAUCAUCCGUUAGCCACUACAAAUCAGCAUGGUGCUGCUUUCGGCAAGACUUGUGGGAGUGUGGAGGUGACGGGAGACCAAACAUUCUUGGAGGACUACGUUUCUUGCGUCACCAUCGAGGGAAACCUGCGCAUCCAGCUCAUUGAAUACAACGAAACCCAGUCACUCGUUGGUCUUCCUAAUCUCAUUCAGGUGACUGGCUACGUGAUCAUCUACCAGCUCUCGUACUUAAAAACUCUGCGCCACCUGCUCCCGCUCUUAGCUGUCAUCAGGGGACGGGAACUCUUCCAUGGCUAUUCCCUUGUAAUAUAUGGGAACAUCUUCUUGCAAGAACCAAACCUUUGGAACUUGACCCACGUGCUGAGGGGUGCGGUGCGGGUAGAGAAAAAUCUUUGCAGUGGACCUCCCAACCGCUGGGAUCUGCUCUCCCCUUCUCCGGCCCUCAACGUGGUGCAGGAUUAUGGAUUGUGUGUCUACCCGAUGUGUGAAGAACAGAGGGAUUGUACCAAUGUCACCACCGCCAUCCACACCUACUGCACUACGCAUGGCGGAUGCUACCAAGAUUCCCAGUGCCACGAAGAAUGUGUGGGGGGAUGCUACGCCCUCUAUGACCCUAACGCAUGUGUAGCAUGCAGGAAUUACCAAGACGGUCAUACUUGCGUCCCUGAGUGUUCUUCGUCUGUCAAUAACAAAGUCCACCACUUAGGUUACCGAUGCAUUCGCGAGGACGAGUGUGCCAAGGAGCCGUGGAAGAUGGAGAGAGAGAUGGGGCCGCACGGUACUGAGCGGCUGGUCUGUGUUCCAUGCAAUGACAAUUGCUAUGGGACGUGCCGCGGGACGAAGGUCACCACUGCAAACAUGGGACGCCAACUCCGAAAGUGCCAGCAUUUGAAAGGAAACCUGGAAAUCAUGGUGUCAGGUGGCGCUAACUUGAUGCAGCAACUGGAGGAGAACCUGGGCCAGGUGAAGGUGGUGACGGGCUACUUGAAGGUGUACGGCUGUGACACACUCUUCUCCCUGAACUUUCUGAGCACCCUUGAGAAAAUCGGAGGCGAGGAUUUGGCGCACGGCAGGUACGCCCUUUACGUGCUGGACAAUGAGAAGCUACGGGAAUUAUGGGACUGGGAGCACCGCAACCACAGUCUUGAGAUCAUCCAGGGAAUGCUGUUCUUCCAACACAAUCCAAGCCUGUGUCGCGAGCUGAUAAGAAAGCUGGCCACCCAGGCACAGGUACAAGCAGACCGCGUUCAUGUAUCCCAUGCAGAGGACACGGCGCCUUGUUACACAUCGGACCUGGAGGUGCGCUGCGUCCCUUUGAAGAAUGGAAGACUUGAAGUACUCUGGAAGUACCACUAUCACGGCCGCGACCAUCGGUUCGUUAUCGGCUAUUAUUUGUAUUACCGGGAGGCGCCUGAGAAGAUCACACUCUACCAAGGCCGCGACGCCUGCAACGACAACAUCGUGUGGAAGAGGAUUUUUCGAGAGUACGAGCAUGACGAGGAGUGUGUGGUGGGCGUAGACAACCUUAAGCCCUACACUCAGUACGCCGUGUAUGUUGACGUCUACUACAUCGACGCUGUGAAGAACGCCAGCCGCUCCAGCAUCCAGUACGUCACAACCCAAGUCGGUGAGCCGUCUCCAGUGCGUGAGUUGAAGGCUACGUCUCAGAAAGGCACCUCGGCUCAGUUCUUAUCCUGGCGUGAACCUGCCGUUCGCAAUGGACCCCUGAAGGUGUACGAGGUGAAGCACGGGAGGUUGAAGCUUCCCCGUCCACGCCCAACACCCGAGGAUCGUGACGUGUGUGUGGACAGCAGAGAUGAGCCACAGAACAAGACGCGGCUCAGCUUGCAUGGUGGGGAAGACGACAACAAGGCGACCCGCUGUUGUGCGUGUCCAGACUCCGCCGCCAACCUCUCAAAGGAGGAUCGACGUUAUGACCACGAGUUUGACAUCCACUUUCAAACCUUCAUGUGGCAAAGCCUGUUCUGCAAAAGGGAUAGUGACGACAAUGAAAAUAAAUCAAUGCCCGCCUCCGUCAGCCAAAGCAAGCCUCCUGCCCAGCGCCGCAACUACACAGCAGACGAAGUCACGAGGAAUGUGAGCGACAUCACCAGCACGCCCGUCAUCCCAGGGACAGCUUCCAUAGUCGCCGAGGAGCAGAACCGAUCCAGGCAGCGGAAACGUAGAAGUAUAGUACAUUUGUCAGCAAGAAUACAAGACAGGACAGACACGGAAACGAGCGACCAAAAACGAGAGGAGAAAAAUAAUAAAUACAAGGAGAUGGAGCACGAUGAGUGUGAAAUAAGCACUGACACAAACAGCGACACAGCCGAGGUGUGUGACGUGAGGACGAUGACGACCAACAAUACCCGCGUCACUCUGAUGCGUUUGUCGUAUUUCACACAAUACAGGGUGUGGGUAAGAGCAUGCCACACCGAGGGCAGUAUCUGCAGCGACUGGUCUGUUCUGGAUGUGACAACUCCAGUGGACAUAUCCAUAUACAAGAUAAAAAACUUCAAGGUGAAACAAAUGAAAACAAACGAGACUAAAUGGCCAGACACAAAAUCACAGGCCAAUUCCAGUAACAAAACACCCGCUUCACCACCCGGAGCAGCAGCACAAAUAGGCACCACGCUUCUCCUUAGUUGGGACCCACCAAUGGUUCCGAUGGAACUCAUCCUGGCCUAUAUCAUCGAAUACCAGCUGGAACAAACACCUAAGAAAAAAAUAUGCGUCCCGCAGCAAAAGAUGCGUCACGCCGAGUAUAGAUUUCCACUGCAGAAGUAUGGAAGCUACACUUUCCACAUUAGACUUCGUUCUCCCAGCGGCGAUGGACCACCUACCAGCCUCACCAUUGGGAUCAAGAGACCCGACGUUUAUUGGGCUGUCCCUGUUGCCUUCCUGUGUGGGGGUUUGUUAGGUAUCUGCAUUAUGGAGGUGGUCUUAUGGGUGAGGUGGCGGAAAAGAAGCGAAGCUCCAGAGUCACAGACUUUCGAAGAGCUCUUACUGGAGGCAGGACUAAAGCAUUUAGAGAAGGAUUUCAUCAUUGAUAGCAACGUCCUGCAAGUAAAGUUGGACAAGAAAAUUGGUCAGGGGGUCUUCGGGAUAGUUUACCUCGGAAUGCUGAAGCUUCCUGCUGGGGAAGAACGACAGGUGGCGGUGAAGACCGUCAACGAGGAGGCCACGUACCAGGACAUGAAGCACUUCUUGGACGAGGCCACCGUCAUGCAGAAAAUGAAAUCAAACUUUGUGGUAAGUCUGAUUGGCGUGAACAGUUGUCCGCCAAUAUAUGUUGUCAUGGAGUUCAUGGAAUAUGGUGACCUCAAGUCCUUCCUCUUAAGAGAGGAAGGGGCCACGAUUACGAAUGAGAAAAUGGUGGAAAUGGCGGUGGAGGCAGCAGACGGGAUGGCUUACCUGAAGGCCAAUAAUUGGGUGCACCGAGACCUGGCGGCGCGCAAUUGUAUGCUGGGUAUGGUGGAAGACCGACUCAUACUCAAGAUUGGGGAUUUCGGCCUUACCAGACACGUCACAACUGACUACUACAAGAUAAAGACAUGUGGAUUAUUGCCAGUGCGCUGGAUGGCCCCCGAGUCACUGGAAUACUACCGUUAUACUACCAGGUCCGAUGUGUGGAGUUAUGGUGUGUUGCUUUGGGAACUUGCCAGCGGGGGACGUCAGCCUUAUGAGGAUAAACUAGAUAAAGAGGUGGAGGACUUCAUUCUCUGUGGUAAGAGGCUGGGACCUCCCGACAGAGGUCCAGAUUUUUUCUACCCGCUCAUGCUGAAGUGCUGGAACGCAGUACCCGAGCAGCGACCAAGCUUCAAGAGAAUAGUGCAACGUCUUCUUCCAAUGACCUCCAAAAAGUAUUUGGAGUACUUCCAGAGGGUGUCCUUCUUCCAUAACCCUGGUUCCUCUGAGCACGAGGGCCCGGAUGACAUUGACGAAGGGUUCAAUGCCAGCAGUUCAAGUCAAGAGGAGGCCGAAGCUGGGUACUCGGGCUCCUACUCGUCUUCCUUGCCUCCCUUCCACCACCUUGACCAAGACAGCCAAGUUGAAAAUGACCAAUUUGAGAAUGAGAGCAGCGAAGACGACACAGCAGUAGAGGACGAUCUGGUCUGCAUGACGCCUGAGGAGCCAUACGAAAGGCAGUGUUCCGGCCCGCUGCCGUGCAUCACCAGCCAUGUGGGGCGACUUCCACCAAGCAGUGAUGCUCCACACAAAAAGCUUCUCUUCCGCACGUCUUGUUUCGCCGAAACAUAGCCUCCUCCUUUACAGCCUCUUGAAGGCGGCCUGCACUCUUCACACCUCUACAGGUCGCAGCAUGCCUUGGGUGGAACUGGCAACAUUGUUGACCCGUCAAAAAUGUUUCCUUGACAAACAUCAAGUAGUACAUUAGUCGCUGGUGUGAAUCAUGUGUUGUUAUUAACAUAUAAGUACCUGGACCGAAAGACCAGUGUGACUUCAAACAUGAUCGUCAAUAUGUCUUCUUUAGUACUACGCAUGAAGUUACGUCUUUUUAUCAUUUAUGUUCUUAAAACAGAAGGAACGAUUUGCAUUUCUAUUUUAAAUAUGGAAUAUAUUAUCUAAUAUGACAAAUAACGACAUGUACAUUAUGCAAUAUUUCAGUGUCGAUGCAAAAUGACAAGGCAUUUCCCGAUGAACUUUAGAAAAGUGUGUGUGUGUGUGUGUGUGUGUGUGUGUGUGUGUGUGUGUGUGUGUGUGUGUGUGUGUGUUUAUAAGUCUUGGACGAACAGAUAAGACAGGCGCAGACGGGUGGAUGUGGAUGUCCAAAGGUUUGCUGCCUUGCGAGAAAUGUUAUCAUGCAUGUUCUUGUAAUAAUGAAUCAUUACCCCCACAUCUAUAAUGCAUUCAUAUGUGGACAGUAUUAUGAAUUUAAUCGUACAGCCAUUUCUGAUAUGCACAGUCAUUCCUUAGUUCUGAGAGAAUGUACGUGUUCAAUGUACAUGGUUGGCACCAGACGUAUGUAUCGUAUACUCUGGACCACCAACUACCAUUCGUGCAACGAAGCUUACUGAUGCAUGUGACCUUUAGGUCUUCCUAAGCUUUCUCCAUGUAACUUCGCAAUGUUGUGAUAAUUCGUCUUCCGAGUGAAAUAUUUGACGUAUAACGUUUGCAACAUUCAAAGGUUUGCAACCAUCCAUCACUGUAGUGAGCAACACUGAUGUGCUUAGCUCUAUGUGACUCCACCAAUUAAGGAGUAUUUUCUGAUCAUUAAAUCAUUUACCUCCA